GCCUAGCCAGGCUUUGGGCAGAGCAGAGCUGCGUCUCGUCCGGGCCCGCGCCGCGCCCUUCGCUCCGCCUCCGCCCGCACGCCUCGGCCCGCGCGGCAUGCUCGGGGUGCUGCUCCUCGGCGUGCUGGCCCUGGCUGGCCUGGGGCUCCUGGUGCCCGCGGACCCGUGGCCCAGCGGCAGCCAGUGCGUGGAGAGCGAGUGCUUCGCGCUCUUCCACGGUCCCACAACUUUCGCUAACGCCAGCCAGGUCUGCGAGCGCCUGCGCGGGCACCUGAUGACCGUGCGCUCCUCCGUGGCGGCCGAGGUCAUCUCUCUGCUCCUCAGCGGCGACGGUGGUGCGGGCCCGAACCUCUGGAUUGGCUUGCAGCGCCAGCAGGGCUGCGGGGACCCCGGACCACUUGGGGCCCUGCGCGGCUUCCAGUGGGUGACAGGCGAUAACCACACGAGCUACAGUAGGUGGGCGCGGCCCGACAGCGACGGCGACGGUGCGCCCCCCUGCGGCCCGCUGUGCGUCACCGUUUCGGCUGCAGGCAUGGGACCUGGCGACCCCGCCUGGGAGGCGCAACCUUGCGACUCAGAGGCAGCUGGAUUCCUGUGCGAGCUGCACUUUGAGGCCUCCUGCAGGCCACUCUUGGUGGAAGCGGUUGGGCACCGCAUUUCUGUUGCCUACAGCACCCCAUUCGGUGCGCGCGGCGGAGACUUCCAGGCGCUGCCCGUGGGCAGCUCGGCUGCCGUGGCGGUGCUCGGGCUGCAACUGAGGUGUGCGGCGCUGCCUGGGACUGCGGAGGGGCGUUGGGGGCGCGAGGCGCCUGGCGCUUGGGAUUGCACAGUGGAGAAGGGUGGCUGUGAGCACGAGUGCCACUGGAGUGAGGGGACGCCCAGGUGUGUGUGCCCCCACCAGGCCAAACUGCAAGCAGAUGGGCGCUCCUGUGUCGCCCCAGCUGGGCCCUCCUGCGACAGCCUCUGUGCUCACUUCUGCGUGCCUGACCCUACAGCGCCGGGUUCCUACACCUGCAUGUGCGCCACCGGCUACAAGCUGGCAGACGACCAGCACUCGUGCGAGGACGUGGAUGACUGCGCACAGGUGCCCAGCGUGUGCCAGCAACGCUGUGUCAACACUGACGGGGGCUUCACAUGUCUCUGCGAUGAAGGCUUCGAGAUGGUGGACGGAGAGUGUGUGGAGCUGAUGGACCCCUGCUACGGGUCGGACUGUGAGUACCAGUGCCAGCCUCUAGGCCAGGACACAUACAAGUGCAUUUGUGCUGAGGGUUUCCGGCCCAAGCCGGAGGCACCGCACCUCUGUGAGCUGUUCUGCAACGAGACUGAGUGUCCUGCGGACUGUGACCCCAACGCCCCACAGAUCUGCUACUGCCCUGAAGGCUUCAUCCUAGAUGAGGGCAGCAUGUGCGUGGACAUUGAUGAGUGUGAUCAGGGCCACUGUGGUUCACAUGAAUGCCACAACCUCCUGGGCACAUAUGAGUGUGUCUGUGGACCUGGCUCCCCCCUCGAGGGCCAAGUGAGCCAGGACUGCGACAACAUACAGUUGUCUAGAGACAAACAAAGUCUGGAGAAAAAAGAAGAGGCCAUCAGGGAGGAGGAAGGUUCUGGGGAGGACUUCACCAGCUCAGUGCCAGGCCCUACGCUGAGUGCCCCACCCACAGGGCCCUCGCACUCUGUUGUUCUCAUUGGCACCUCUGUUUCUACCCUGUCCCUGGUGGUGGCGCUUCUGGCACUCCUUUGCCACCUGCGCAAGAAGCGGAUCGCAGCCCGUGAGGAGAUGGAGUACAAGUGUGCAUCCCCUGACAAGUCUGUGGCUCUGCAGAAGUUCUGAGGACCCACCAUGUGCAGUGUGCCACCCACAGUGCAUCCCCCUCCGUUUGCUCCCAGGCUGCUCAGAAGGACCCUAGCUACUGGAGUGUGGAGACCCUCCCUGUCCUCUGCCUGGGAGCCCCAAAGGAUGAAGCUGCCACAUCUGGGCAGAGCACAGAUUUGCCCAGAGGACAGACUGGCAGGUGGCCCACCCUGCCUGGGUGUGGGAGGGGUGAGUGCCACUGGGCCUUAUCUUGCAGGGCAGACUCCUACCGGCAGGGCUGGUGACAAAUAAGAUAUUUAUUUUUAAAAAAUAUUUAGUUUUUUGCCUCUUUCCUUUUUUCACUCUUUACCUGUCUGUCUCCGAGGCUCACUGCACUCCCCACCACACUGUGUGUCAGAUGCUGUCUCUCUGCCUAUAUUCAGCCUCCUUCUUGACUCUAAGCUGUCUAUCCAGAAAGAACUGCUAUGUGAGGCAGAAACAGAAACACUAAAAACAAAACCAGUUGCAUAUUUUCGUUUCCCCUAGCUUUGCUAAUUUAUUUAUCUUGAAAUUUCAGGCUUUGAGAGCAAAAUAGUUUUAACUGAGUUUAAUAGGUGACCCAUUAAAUUAACAUUGCUGGACUGUCAUAGAAAUUAAACCUGUAGAAUUGUUUUAUUUUUCAAACAGUGAGUCUGAGUUUUAGACUCACUUUGAUUUGGAUGAAGAGAAAGUGAUUGUUAAGUGUUGUAUGCAGUUCCUUCAUUACCGAUAAGUUUUGGCAGUGCUGAAACAUUCCAAUGCUUGCUCCAGGUUGAGAGAGAAGCAGCCCCAGGAGCGGGGCCCAGAAGAUUUUGAGCUGCCUGCUUCCGGCCAGUCGGACUCUCAGCUGCUCAUUUUAUUUGCUCACUUGUGCUCCAGAAUGAAAGCCCCCCAUUUUCCAGGAGACUUGGAUCUGGGAAGGGGGCCCAGAGGAUGGGCAAUCAGAGCCUUUCUUACAGCAGCCUUGAAGAACAUCUCCUGCUUUGGAGGGACCUUCUAGCCCUGGCCAACCACAUGUGGUCCCUGGUCAGGCUCGGAGCCCCCGGGAAAGCAAGAGAGAUGGGGAGAACCCUGGGCUCCACCCUGUCCAGCUCACUAGAAGUGCAGGGGCUCCUCUGUGCAGUCACUUGAGGACAACCGUUCUAGAGAAUUUCCAGCUUUCUGGAAAACAUUAUACAUGGGUCAGUAGUAAGUAGUGGGCCCAUCCAGGCCCUCAAUUCUCAAGAAACUGAGGAAUUUUCAUGGUAUAGUUUUGUUCUCUGGUAGAAAAGAUUAGGUACACAGCACUGGACUCCGCCACACUGCGUGCAGAAGGGCCUUGGUUGGAGUAAGCUGGGCAUGACUCACACUCCAGUGAAUGGAAAAACUGUAUCAUGUAAGAAAGUGUGUCUUUGUAAGGCAAAGGUUUUCCUCUGCUGUGUUGUAAACUCAGCACAUUUGUACAUAUUAUUUAUUGGAGGUAAACUAGAACACAGGCAAAACCCUUACUUAUGAUGUCUUUUGUACAAAAUAAACAGAUUACAAUGUGCUCACA